AUGCUGGACUUUUUAACGUCUUCAUUCUUUCAGAAUAUGGAUUACAAUAUGCAACAAGCUUCCUUCAGUGCUCAGUUAUUUCCUACUGACACAAGAAACCAAGUUGCAGACGUUCAACUCGCCUGGAAUACUCAGUCUUACAACAAUGAAAAUUCAUUUGCCGAGAGCAAGGAAAAUUUCUUCCUUGAACAGCCUUGUUCAGGGAAUCAGGAGUUCCCCUGGGCAGCUGAAACUAAUGAGCAACCACUUUUUGAUGGUUGCUCAUCAACUGUUGAACAACAACAGUUCUUGCCACCUCAGACGAACUAUGAGCUAGUUAAUGACGUGCGAGAAAACGUCGGAUUUGAUGCUUGUUCCAUCAACUCACAACCUGUAAGAGUGUUAAUGACUCGACAGAACUACUUUGAACCGCAUAAUUGUAUACCGCAAUCAUUAGACCAAUUAACUGUGGUGAAUAAUAGACCAAUUAACUGUGGUGAAUCAACACCCUACCGUUUCCCCCCAGUUUGUAGUGCACAGGCAAAUACAAACUGUAUUGAGGCGACUUGUAGCGCGGCGCCAAUGCAGAAUUCUGGUGACUGGUAUUCAGAUGCAAAUUUAUGCUCAUCUUCUGUAACAGUAUGCCAGACCAACAGCGGAGUCAGCGGCCAGAAGUAUAAGGAAAUGGUUGCAGAACAGUGGGCUUUUGAUAAAGUGUCGCCUCCAAUAUCUCCUAAUUUUUACACCACAGACGAAAGAGGACAGCGGCCAAAAAGAAUUCGUAGCCAUACAAAUUCGGUUUGCUCAAACUGCAGUACGACUGUAACAACGCUUUGGAGAAGACGAGCCGAUGGUUUACCGGAAUGCAAUAAAAGUAUGGCUUCUGUAGUGCUUGCAACCUGUAUUUUCGAAAAAACGGCCGAGCAAGACCAGCGAGUUAUAAUAAAGGAAUCAGAAGAAGAUCCAGAGUACAAAGCAAAACGAAACGGGAAUUGUGCUGUUAAUUGUUAUUACAGUCAAUGCUUGAGCUAA